CUGUUUUGUUUUUGUACGAGGAAUCGUACGUCGCGGCGUUGAUUUAUAGAAGAACAAUUGUACUUUUGAUAAUUAAGAUAAAAUGAGAAACAUGUCUACUGUCAUACGAACAUGUAAUUAACCUGAUGUUUUCGAUCGAAUAAGACUCGUUCCAGAAAAAACACAAAAGCUUUUGACGUUUGAGCGGAAGUCGUAAAUCCCCAAAAAUACGGAUUCUUGCCGUGUACGGGGAAAGUAACUAGUUUUUACUAUCCCCUCUCCUUCGCAGCCAUAUAUCGAAACACUUGACGGGCGCCAUGAUACAUCUGCGUACUCUCUGGAGUACUCUCGUGUCUACUCUCCAGUCUACUUCCACAUGCUCGUGCGCGUCGAAACGAUUUCUGCUAUCAUCGGUUUUUCUUUAUUAUGGUUGGUCAACGCAGUAUAUCAGUAGACAAUCAGCUAUCGAACCCUAAAAGCGAUUCAUUAUACUUUUAUUUUUCUUUCGAGGGCACCAAUAGCCCCAGUUUUAGAUACUUUACUGACGCUAACAGAGAAUGCGCAUGGGCGAGUGUGGCGGGAGCAGAAUCUGACCACUACCAUCAGUGAUGGGGAAAACCCUAGGCUUUGAAUAAAUCUGAAGUUUGCUGUGACAUUUCCUUCUUUGGAAAAUGUUCAAAAGAGAAAACGAGAUAAACGCAUCGGGAAACUUCAAAUUUAUUUUUUUCGAAGCCUAGAGUUUUGCCCAUCACUGACUACCAUUAUAUUGUAUAUGUAUAUGGUCGAGCGCCAUUUGCAGGGACAAAGAUCUACGUUCGCGCCAAAAAGAAAGAGCUAACUAUGCUAGUGAUUUUCUCCUCGCACGGCAAGAAUCUGUGUGUCGACAGUUGCAUCUCAAAACAUAUUCUAAUUUCUCGGGAGUUUAUAAUUAAUAAAUGUAAGAUUUCAGAUGUUUCGAUAUACAUUCAAACAGAAUUCAAAGACAAGAGUAUAAAAAAAGAAAAGAAUAGAGAAAAAAAAGAAAGGAAACGCUGAAACCUGCUAAUGCACAAGUUUCUAAAAAAGAACAGUGAAUAUCAGAUACAUUCGCGUCGAAAUAUUCGAAUGAUACCUUGCCGUGCAAAUCACAGAAUCGUCGAAAAGUUUGGCACGUGUGAAAUAAUAUAAAACGAAAGCGGAAGAAUACUCGUAUAUUCAAACUUUCACACGUCUCAUUUUCGUUUAAAGAUUCACACGGUCGUGACGUCGAUCGAUUCGCAGAGUGUUUGAUUGUAGGAUUGUAGGAUUGUAGAGAGAUUAGAUGAAAAGAGAGAACCAAUUACGGUAUAUUCUCCAAGAGAAAGUACAAAACGACAGUUCUCACUGUAAUUAUAUGUAUAUACAAGCAUGUAAACAACAUGUUUUCGAUCGAAUACGAACCGAUUAAAAAGAAGAAGAUAAAAGAAAAGUAGCAAGAAAGUUUUGACGUUCGAGCGGAAGUUGUACACAUAUGUUUCCGACGUAGCUCCUGCAGAGUGGAGCAUGCGCAAUUUGUACGGCCUGAAUAUGUCGGCUGGGUAAAGUACGUUAACUGUUAUCAUGACUAGAACGAUUUCCUUUGGUUAAGUUCAGUGGCGUUCGCAGAUCAAGAAAAUCGUUGCGGCCCGAACGUCGAAAGGUACGAGCACGUACGGUGUAAUUGAUUCAGCAACUUCGACUCGCCAUAUUGUACAUCUAAAGAUUAAGUAGUAGAAGAGGCCUUAUGUCAAGUCGGUUCGGUAUUGGGAGGGCCGACGACGUGUGCCAAUAUGAAGAAACUAUUUUCGAAAAUCGAAAACACGUCGAAGGAACCGAACAGUUAUUUGGGAAAGGUGUUCGUGGUGGGACGUUACACCGUGACCGUCGAGGAGGUUUUGGCCGAAGGAGGGUUUGCUAUUGUAUUCCUGGUUAAAUCUUUGAGUGGACGCUAUGCUCUCAAACGCAUGUACGUUAAUAAUGAACACGACCUCAACGUUUGCAAGAGGGAGAUACAAAUUGCUAGUAACUUGAACGGUAAUAAAAAUAUCAUAGGAUAUGUGGAUAGCAGUAUCACUCAUAUAGGCGGAGGAGUACACGAAUUGUUGCUUUUGAUGCCUUAUUGCAAGUCUCAAGUUCUUCAGAUGAUGAACAAUAGAUUACAGACUGGUUUUACAGAAUCGGAAGUCCUACAGAUAUUUUGCGAUGUUUGCGAAGCUGUGUCACGAUUGCAUCAUUGCCAAACACCUAUAAUGCACAGAGAUUUAAAGGUUGAAAAUAUAUUAUAUUCCGAUGCUGGUCAUUAUGUUUUAUGCGACUUCGGUUCGGCGACCGCGAAAGUUCUUAAUCCCAGUGUGCAGGGUGCUGCCAUAGUGGAAGAAGAAAUUAAAAAGUAUACGACCCUGAGUUACAGAGCACCUGAAAUGGUUGAUAUGUAUUGUGGGAAACCUAUUACGACGAAAGCCGAUAUAUGGGCAUUGGGAUGUUUAUUGUACAAACUUUGUUUUUUCACAUUACCAUUCGGAGAAAGCACGCUCGCUAUCCAGUCAGGGAAUUUCACUAUACCGGAUAAUUCAAGAUAUAGUAGAAGCCUUCAUUGUCUGAUUCGUUAUAUGCUUGAGCCGGAUCCCGAUAGCCGCCCCGACAUUUACCAAGUUUCUGUGAUUGCUUUCCAAAUUCAAGGCAAGGAAUGCCCUGUACAAAACUUACACAAAGUUCCAACACCCGUUUUGGAAUCAUUACCCAAUCCACCAAUGGAAUCUGAAAUUGUAAAAAGAUCGUCGUUGGUGAAAACACCAAAACCAUCUCCAGUAAGUACCGUGGAGGGUACUACAGUUACUCCAAGGCAGCGACCAAAAGGGCAGGCUGUGAGCACAGGACCUAUAAGUUUAAGCGGUCAAAUCGUGAGUCAAAUAUCUGGUCAAGGAAAUCAGGCGCAAUCACAAAAUUCUGGAAUGCCAACUUCCUACGUUCAGAUCGGUCAGACUUACCUAGGACAGAAUGCGCAACAAACCGUUCAAUCGUUACCAGUGAAUCCGCAAAUCUCGAUGCAAUCACCUUUUACUCAAGCUUCCUCGCAAGCCUGCACUCCUGGUCAAAACGUUCCUUUCCCACAGACGCAAAGUCAGCCAUCGCAAAGUCCUAUGAUCAGACAAUCGCCCGUAACUGUUCAGGAGAAAAGUACAUAUUACUUCAACUCAAAGUCUACAACGAACGAAGAAAAUUUAGAGGCGUUAUUCCCGCCGUCAGGAUAUCCAGAUCCCUUCAAGGACGACACUCGAACCAUGCCACCACCCACGAAAAUACCACCUCCCGUAGCUCCCAAACCAUCUAAGACUCUUCCUAAAGCGUCUAACGUUCCCGCUACUAGUGGUCCACCUUCAAAGUUUGCACCUGUUACCCCGAUAUCAUCUAAACUGAGCAUUUCAACCGGGCCUAACAAGGUAACUCCUAUAACACCACCGACUCUGCCGAAGCCAGUGAAUAAGACGGAGAGCUUGAGUCAAAAUAUAAGUUCGAGCGCCUCUCCACCUGACAGCCCUACUCUGUCUUCUGCGCGUCACAGAAGAAACGUUAGCGAUACGAGUGCUUUCAAUAAAGCAUUCGCUAAUGAGACCACGCAAUUUCUGGCGCCCUACGAAGCCUCGGUGAAAUCACGUUCGGAAGACGGUGCAUCUCCCGAGGUUUUAACCGAUAUAAGGCCUUGUUUAGGAACUAGCGCCUCGCAUGUACGUAUUGGAGAACUUUCAAGCGUGAUAGCUAUGGAAGGAAGAUCUUUAAGUGCAGACGUAGCAGCCUGGAACCCGUUCGAGGAUGUGCAACCGUUUAAUCAGUUAACGGAAGAUCACAUUUUUGGGGCGGAGUUUGAUAAAAUUAGAAGAGGAAGUAAUACUAGUAUUAGCGGCGUAAAGAGCCGCGAGAGUCUUGUUAUGACGUGUACAGACUUACCAGAAGAUCCAUUCGAAUCCGCUCCCUUUAGUUUGCCAAGAGGAAAGAAGAACAAGAUUGGGUCAAAGACUGCGGCACUUGCUGGAGGUAAAUCCGUAAACGGUAGACCAAGGAUACCUCUGAAGCAAUGGAAGCCAGGGAUCGAAUCGAACGAGAAAGCGAUCCACCUAACAGAAAUCAGUCCCGUUUCACCGACUUUUGUUCGCGUGCCCCUGGAAAAUCGUUCCAAGUACGAAAAGUUGCCGUUCAACGCUGCAGACGCGUCUAGCGACAGCGAUAAAGACGAAACACAGGAACGAAUCAUGCAACACAGGAGAAGAGUGAAGAGUGGAGUACGCAGGAAGAGGAAAGCGAUAGCAGACGCCACGAAGAACGCCACGAUGGAGAACGAUGGAUCGAAUGACUCUAUAGGGUCUGUAGGUGACUCGAGAACUAACAACGACGAAUGUAACGAUACUAGCAACGUUCACGCGAACGAAAAAAGUUCGCUCUAUGCCAACCAAAAGCAACAAGACGAGGACGAAGAGGACGAAUGUACCGACGACGAGGACGAGUACGUAGACCAAGAUACCUUCCACGAGAAUUGCUCUAGAAUGAACGAAAGUGCCCUAGACGACGAGGACGACUACAGAAGAUCCAAGAGGCACUAUCGACCUCGACAAUUAUCGUCCCGCAUCGAUGUGGACCCUGUCGUUGGACACGAGUACGGAGAGAAGCCUUUGCUAUUGGACGACGAACUGGAUCCUGAAACGAGACCUAACGAGACUUAUGGUGAUCCAUUCGUGGGCCAGUAUGGUCCAAAACUUGUGCGCAUGGAGGAUGCUGGCAGCUCCGAGUCGUCAGCCGAAGCCAAGAACAUCAAUCCUCCUAAUAGUCGACCGAAGAGAAACGAGAAAGAUGUGUUCGCAUUGGCCCCGUUCUCAAAAUCUGGCAGCUCCAGAGGAAGCAGCAAAGGUUCAAAGAACGCGUCAAAGGACGUUAUUCGACAAGACUCGAAUAACUCUCCCUCGCAAAUGGCUAUGCCUAUUUUUGGUUCUACGCCCGAUCCAGAUGCGGAGGCCAAGCCUCUGACAAAGUACGACUUGCCACGACUACCUAGCAAAGAUAGUUACGAAGACGCGAGCUUUCCAUCAGGGGAAACGCAGCGAUCGCCACCGUUUCGAGGGAUGUCGAACGUUGAACUAAUGUCUGGUAAGACGAUGAAUGAAACAGAGGAAUCGAAAGGUGAAAAGGAACGAAAGCUCGACGAGGAGAAGAACGAAAAAGACCUCUUCGGCUCGUCUCCCUUCAGUCCCAGUGGAUUCGCGAAUCCUUUCGCCAAUCGCAUCGUGUCCAAGUACGCCACAGAGGACGAAAACAGACCUGUAGCCGCGUUCGCGAAUCGCGUACCUCUGUAUGCCAACUGCGAGGAUGUUUCCAUCCGUCCAAUGCAGUCUAGACCAUCCUCCAACUUCCGUCAUCUCGCCCAGCCUGUCCCUGCUGUUAAUUCAAAUUUUAGUGGAGUAGGGGAAGACGUAGGAAAGACCUCCAAGGACCUGUUCGGGUCCAUACCUUUCGACGAGUUUGCCCAUCUGCGGCCAAACGACCAACAGAGACCCAGUUCGGUGCAGAGACCGUAUUCCCAGCCGCCGUUACCCAUCACCAGCUUCGUCGACGACACCCUGAACGCUAUCCUCGCGGACAAGUCGCCUACCACCGCUCGAUCGACGUCCAUUCCUCAAGACACGACCUACUCGAUCCAAACUAUGCAACACACGGCUCGUAUCACCGUACAGACGGUCAACAGCGUCUCCAAACCAGACAUCACACCCGACAUAGUCUCGCCAAUGUCCCCAGAACCACUCGUUGCCGGAGACGACGCGCCCAGGCACAAGAAGGAUAAAUUUAAAGAAAAGUCCAAGUACCAUCUGAUCGACGAAAACCACGGGGAUGUCGUUAACGUUUUACCCUCGAGUCUGUUGGCCCACAAGGUGAAGUCUACUUGCCACAAGAAAUCACCCAAGACGAAAAAGUGCCCCGUCGUCGCCGCAGCGGGUUUCAGCAACAUGAGCUUCGAGGAUUUCCCCAGCGACGAGAACGAGGAGAAGCAGAUCAGAACCCCGCAGAGCAUCGCACGCUUCGAAGUGGUCAGGGAACCCGAGAAACGAUUCGGUUCCUUGAAAAGGAGAAGUAAUCCGUUCAUUUGAGAAGAGGAACACGCGAUAAAAGGCUUUACUAAAAAUAUCUAUACGGGUAUGAAGAAACUAGCAUAAUCUAACGCUCUCCAACGAACCGAAACUGAUUCCUCGACAGGUUCCGAGCGAGUUCUCGUGUUUCUUGAACGUCUUAGUGUGUAGGUCGUCGCCAAUGUUUCAAAUAACAUUGACUGUACGCGAUAGCACCUCGCUAACUAAUCUUACGAGUCUCAAAUUUUUAGGGACAAGAUAGCUAAGACAUAGCGUGGAUAGAAUAGUCAAUGGGUAUACGAGCUGGAAGAGUUAACAUUAAUAGCAAAGAGAGUAUUCGAUCAGUUAUCGGGGUGGUACCGUGGACUCGCUAUUAAGACCUAAUCAACGGCAUCGAUGUAGACUGGAAACGACGAUAACGUGCGGCGGAUAGUUGGAACGCGAAUCCAUUAACAAUUUGCGUACGAAACUGUUCGCUUGAACAAAUGAUUGGUACUAACUAAGCCUAAGAUACUAUGAUGUUUAAUAGCAUUCCAGUUUCUUCAGAAGUCAAAUAACGCGAUAGCGUUGAUAUUGAAAUUGAUAUUUAUCUGGAUAUUGGA